CGGUCACACUGUUCUCCAACUCUAAUUUUGAUGAAAGAUUACAAAUUGUGAAUUGCGAUGCAUUUUCAUCAAAUUCUGCUGUAGCAUCACAUAGAAAACGUAAUCCGGGCUCAUUGUAACUACUCGAAGACAUCCCCACCUGCCACACACAUGGAUACCAAGUCCAACGAUGAUUCAGCUGGCAGUGAUUCGCUGGACAAAUCUAUGCAAAUUAAGUGCGUGAUGGUCGAGACGACAAGCGAUGCGAUGGCGACUGGGCCGACAGUUGGCGAGGAGUCUGACAACUGCAGCCGGGAUUCCGCUGCACGGGACAUGGGCGACAAGUCGGCGUCGCCGUCGCCGUCGCCAACGGGUGCGAUGCAGCGAGAGCAGCAGGCUGAACAAAAGACUGAUGCGGUGUCCAGCAUGGGUGACGGCGACAGCUCGUCACAGACGGAGGCCAGCAGCAACUGCAGCAGCAACACGUCCCCCUCCUCAAUAGUAUCGUGCACUGCCUUCGAGACGAAAGUCAAACAAAUCUCACAGAACCUCAAGGAGACCACUCUGGCCGAGCCAGUGGCAAAAAGCGAACCGACCACAAGCGACGCGGCCACAAGUGACGCAGCAACCAGCGACACAGCCACAAACGAGGCGGCCACCAGCGACGCAGUCAGUGCUGCAGCUGGCGACAGUAGUAGCAGCCUGGGCGAUGCCGCAGCCGACACAGAGUCUCACAAUUCCACUGACGACUCCUCCGAGCGGCGUGUGAAAAAAGUUCGCUUCCAUCCCGAUGUCAAAGAGAACGACGGCGGCACUGGGGCGAUAAAAAAGCGUUCACCGCAGUCCAGCGAAGCGGAUUCAAGUGCAAACUGUGAUGGCAUGGACCUCGAUGAGGACGAAGAGUGCGAUGAGGGUGAUGAGGAGCCGGAAGAAGAGUUUGAUAUGGCCAAGACAAUUGCCGAGGCGGAGGACUACCUCAAGGAGCAUCCACUCACGUUUGUUCGCCGAGCCGAACAAAACGGAGAUACACUAAACGAUGGCUUUGAUACCAUCGAUGAUAUGCCACCCGUGGUGCCGAAGGAGCCGUACGACAACGAUGUAGAUUUCUAUAGGAAAAUUGAGCCUGAGAAUGGCAUUGAGCGUGUGCUAGGACGCGAAACAAAGGCGGGAAAGGUGGAAUAUCUGUUGCGCUACGAGAACCAGGGCGGACUCUUUUGGGAAUCUGAAGAGUUCAUUCGACGCAUGUGUCCGACGCUUCUCGAGGAAUACGAAAAGAAUCGCGAGAGGCGUCAACAGCGUCUGAUGCAUCACGUUGCCAAGCGACAGACCAUGCGACAGCGUUAUACGGAUUUCUAGUAGUGGCUGCUUAGGUUUUAAGUUCUGAAAUAAGUUCCACUUACAUGUAAAAUUUUUGUAAUAUGCAGUUACGUUACUGAUUUUCCUUUGUUGAACAAAAACCAAUAAUGCAUCUAAGGAAUUAGAUCCCAUUAUAUUAAAUCAUUUAGUGGUCGUA